CCCUUCCCCGCCGCAGAUUAGCGAGCUGAGCCAGGUCCCGCUGCCCGUCAUGCUGCUGCCCGACGACUUCAAAGCCAGCUCCAAAAUCAAGGUCAACAACCACCUCUUCAACCGGGAGAACCUGCCCAGCCACUUCAAGUUCAAGGAGUACUGUCCCCAGGUCUUCCGCAACCUCCGCGAGCGCUUCGGCAUUGAUGACCAGGACUACCAGGUGUCGCUGACACGGAGCCCCCCGCACUGGGAGGGCAGCGACCGGCGGUUCCUGCUCUCCUCCGACCGGACGCUGGUGGUGAAGGAGCUAUCGAGCGAGGAUGUGGCCGACGUCCACGGUCUCCUGUCCCACUACCACCAGUACGUGGUGCAGUGUCACGGCAGCACGCUGCUGCCUCGCUUCCUGGGGAUGUACCGGGUGAGCGUGGACAGUGAGGAGACCUACCUCCUCGUCAUGAGGAACAUGUUCAGUCACCGCCUCCCCGUCCACAGAAAAUACGACCUGAAGGGCUCCCUCGUGUCCCGAGAGGCCAGCGACAAGGAGAAGGGCAAGGACCUGCCCACCCUGAAGGACAUGGACUUCUUGAACAAGAACGAGAAGGUCUACGUGGGUGAGGAGGACCAGAAGGACUUCAUGGAGAAGCUCAAGAGGGAUGUGGAGUUCCUGGUGCAGCUGAAGAUCAUGGACUACAGCCUGCUGCUGGGCAUCCACGAGGUGGGGCGGGCAGAGCAGGAAGAGGAGGAGGAGGUGGAGGAAGAAGAGAGGGGGGGGGGUGACGAGGGGGGGGCUACAGUGUGGGGGGGCUCCUACGGGACCUCCCCUGAGGGCAUCGGCAGCUACCUCAACUCCCACCGCCCCCUCGGCCCCGGCGACUUCGACCCCUACGUCGACGUCUACGCCCUCCGUGGAGCCGAGGGGGUCACAGGGCUGUGA